AUGACGGACGUGGAAGCAAAUGAUACGAUUCAUCCGCAUUUUCAUGCCCUGUACAUGACCAAAAUGAUGGAAAAGAUUCGUUUGCAUCACAAGACACCGCAAGCUGUUGCUGGUGAGCUUGAGACGGCUCUGCAACAUUUGCAGCUUUUGCAGCAAGAAGUGGUUACAAAACAGGCGAAACAGAAUUUACUGGACAGAUUGGCGCAGGUGGAGACGUCAGAGGCGUUACAGAAGCUGGCGACGGCGAGGAAGAUACAGGUGGAAGUUGGUUUCGAGCAAGAGAAGAAGGAAUUGCAAAUUGCAGUGCAAGAGCGUAAACAUGCUCUUCAAUUGGUGGAGAGACUAGCAAAUGAGGUGGAGCAUGAAAAGCAUCACGUGAUGGAACAGGAACGAACGCAGGAAGCGCACGAGAGUGAAGUGGCUCAAUUGAACGAGGUGUGGAAAGAAAUUCAAAAGAAAAAUGCACAUCGCAAGGCGGCAGUGCAAGUGGCAACGGGUGUCAUGAUUACGGAUGAAGAGGAUUGCAAUCGGGUGUUGGAUCAGCAGACGCAGAACAUUCAGGAAAUGCAUCAGAAGCAGAAACAGCUCGAGGAUCAGAAGAUUGAUACUAGUACUCAAGUCAAGCGGACUAAGCGGACGAUCGAGACUUUAUUGAAGCAGAACGAUUUGAGGAGUAAAGACGCUGAAGUGAAAAAACGAGAACAGGAUUACAUGACGCUUCAACAAAUGAAGAAAUGGUAUGACCAUGUUAGAAGUAUCCAGGAAUCCAUCUCUGGACUGGAGAUUACGAAGAUUGCCGAUGAUUACCUCGAAGUGCGAGUUCUAAAGUCGCAUUUGGUGAGACUCUUUUGUGAUCCUGAAACCACGAGAUUGCUGCAAGUUCAGUUUUUAGACUCCGACGUGGCGUGUGCCGAUCUUGUAGAGAUCGCCGUGCGCGAUAAUAGCGUGCGGUAUCUAUUGUGCGAGUAUCGCGAACGUGUGCGUGAGCAGCUAGCGCUGUGA